GAGACGCACCAGCUAGACACAAGAUGGCUACAGUCUCUUCUGAUUUAAAUGCUGCAGAGGGCUCUUCUCUAUCCAUCCGGCGUCUCCUGUUGCUGGGUUGUCAGGGCUCCGGUAAGACCUCAACACUGAAUACCAUCUUGAGCCAGAAGAAAAGCCCUACUGACAAUUCCCAAACAGACCAACAACACUGGGUAGACAUACUCACCUGGCGACUACUGAUUGUUGACACUCCUGGAUGGAAGCUGGAAACCGAAGAUUCAACUGACGAGAUGGACUCAGAGAAUCAGCAGUCCAUCGUUGAUCGAUGUUCUCCUGGUCCUCAUGCCCUGCUGCUGGUGGUUCCCAUUGGAGUCCUGUUCACCGAACACCACUGGCAAGGUCUCUGGGCCCGAGUUAGGGCAUUGGGAGCGGGGAUAUGGAGGCACACAAUGGUUUUGUUCACCUGUGCGGACCAGUUGCCACAGGACAUGGGUGUGGAGGAAUUUAUUGUGGAUGGCGGGGCAGCGCUGCAGAGGCUGGUGGAAAGGUGUGGCGGUAGGUACCAUGCCUUGAAUAACACUUGCUCGGACAAAAGUGCUCAGGUUGCAGAGCUUUUGCAGAAAGUGGAGGAGAUGGUGCAGGAGAAUCAAGGCUGGUUCUUUGAAAUGGUGCGGCCAAACCUUGGAUUUGGGGAUGAAGAAACAGACAAUGAAAGAGAAGAGGACAGAGGUACAGAAGUGGAGAGAACAGCAGCAAUGUUUAGAUCUCCACCAAGAGAGUUACGAGUGCUGUUAGUAGGCUGGCGUGGAGCAGGUAAGAGCUCUGCAGGUAAUCUUCUACUGGGCUGUCGUGUGUUUGAAUCAGGACGCCCCACUGAGGUGUCUGUCCGCCAUCAAGCAUUGGUAGCUGGUCGGCGCCUCACGGUUGUUGACACACCAGGUUGGGAUUGGUUCUCCGUCCAGCGCACACCAAGCAACAUACGAAGAGAAAUCAAACUGGGGGCAGGGCUACUCCAUCCUGGUCCACACGUGCUCUUAUUAGUCAUCCCCGUGGUCUCCACCCUCACUCCCAAAAAGAGACAGGCCCUUAAGAGCCACUUGGAAAUGUUUGGCGAGGAGGCGUGUCAGCACACGCUGGUGCUGUUUUCAUGUGGCGACUGGCUGUAUGGCACAUCAAUUGAGGAUCACAUCCAGAGAGACGGAGGCGAGCUGCUGAAACUGAUGCAGCAUUGCUGGAACUGUUACCAUGUGCUGGACUGUACCAAAGCCAACAACGACAGGUCACAGGUUACUGAACUCUUGCGGAAAAUAGAGGAGAUGGUAGCAGAAAAUGGACAUAAACCUUUCUUACCGGUCAAAUUGAACCAAGAAUUAGAUGAGGAGGAAACAAGUGGAAGAUGCAUUCUGCAGUGAAGGCGAUAUAAAGCAGUAGCCCCUCACAGCAGAACACAAGAUCCAGGGGGCGUGGUUGGAUCCACAUCUAGGGGGUGGAGAUUG